AUGUCUGACAAACCGCCACCUUAUCCCGAACAACAACCUCCGCCGGGAGCAUAUCCUCAACCCGGGUUCGCACCUCAGCAGCCCGGGUAUCCACAACCGCCCGGCUAUCCACAACAACCAGGGUAUCCUGUUCAACCAGCCCCUUAUCCCGCGGCAAACCAGCCAGGCUUCUCUUCCUCAAACACUACCACCAUAAUCACUCAACAACCGCAAGUAACACAUAUAGUGGCGACGGGUUAUCACGAAGCUCCAGUGGCUACGACCUGCCCGAGAUGCCACGCUAGUGUGGUUACGGCGACAAGCUAUGUCUCUGGCACCUUGACAUGGCUAGCCUGCCUCGGAUUGUGUGUAAUUGGGUAAGCAUCGCCUUAUAAUUAAUCUUCUUCCUCACAACGCUUACAGCGACUGACUUUAUUAACAUACUUGAAAUGAUGCUGUCGUUGGCGGUAUUUUAACUCUGCCCUAAGUUCACAAGCCUAAAAUUAGUCCACUUUUCAAGAGGGAAACUGUUGUUUUUAUUUUAUUUCCCCCCUAAAUUUGCAGCAGCACGUGUGGUUGUAUUAAAAGCGCGAGCACUAAAAAACUUUCCGUCAAACUCUGUUAAAGGUCGUUAAUUGAGAAAGAAAAAUCAGAUCGGAUAAAAACGACUACUCUUUUAAAAAUUUUUCUGAACCGACCGGCUCAAUUAUUUCAAGUUCUUAUAAUCGAGUUCUUUCCUUUAAAAGUUUUUAUUUGGUUUCACCCUCACAUAACGUCGGCAAAAACAAUGACGAUAAUUAUCGUCGAACCUUAUAAAAAUUCUAAACCAAACUGUUUUCACUUUGCAUAAAAUAAUACUUUUAUGCUGCAUUUUUUCUUAAUAUUGUGAAGUUUAUGAAAAAGGGUUGACAAUUUCUGGUGGAAAAUAAGCAAGAGUAUAUUUUACAAAGGUCGCUUUAUAUAUCUUGUCUCUCACUAUAUGGUGUAAAUAAAAAGAAGUUGAGUUUGAGGCAGCAUGAUUUAGCGUUUUUCCUGCGGCGAACGAAUAACACUUGAGGCUGUCCUGAUGCUUUGUCAGGCCCACAUGAAUGUCUGUAGAAAAUCCAGCAGCCUGUGUCGACUAAACGUGCAACAUUGCACUUUAAUUUAGGUCAUAAACAGGAAAAUCUAGGAUAAUAGUAGCUACUGAAUUUUUAAAAGGCUUAUCGCCUUCGCAGAACAAAAACAUCAUAUCCGUAUCACUCCAAAACCUUUUUAAUAUGUAUAUAUAUUUUUGCAUAAUUUCCCUCUUGUCAUCGACUAUUGAUACGUGACAAGGAAAAACAUGGACUCUGAACAUCUGAAGUCUUGCGAAUUAUUUUACAAAUCAGCAAAUUUAUACAGUGAAAGCUGAAAAAAGCGGAACUUAAUUAAAUAAAGAGGAGAUUCUGUUUAGAUGACACACGAACAUCCGCAAGUCCCGAUUUUUCGUCCCACAAUCUAUGAAAAUGGAUCUCUACUUUCGCUUCGCUAAAUAUGGUUUCACUUGUAUAUCAUGAUGGAAAUUAUCAAUGCAUGUAUAUAUGAGUGAUAAACUUAACGAGUGUUGAUCCUUUGAUAGAUCUUUCAAAGAAGCUGAUUCUGAAUCAAUGGCCCGACCUGAGAUGUUAUCCCUCCAAAAACUAGAACUAAAAACCAUGAAUUCUUCUUUUGUAAAUAAAUGAAUAAAGUAGUCAGAAAUAUAUCGACUGUUUAGGUAUACUCGGUCAAAAUACCAAAUCAUUUCUCACAGUCAAAGUUCUGCCCUCUGAUAUUCGGCAGUCUCCCGUAAGCGACGACCAAAUGUGGAAAGCUUGGGGUUCAAUCUUAAUUUCAUAAGACAUUUGGUUAGAGCGCUGCAAUGGUAUCGCAGAGGUCGGGGUUCCGGAUUCCCAGUAAGCUUGAAAAGUUUUUUCAGGAAUUUUUUUGGCAACUGCAUAAGUUGCGUUUUUAACUGCAAUGAUCUUCUUUACAUUUAAUACUCUCCCGCGGUUCCAAUAUUUGAAAUUCAUAUAUUAUUAUUUCAAGGCAGUUUUUGUCAUUUUAUAGAUGUGACGCUGGAUGUUGCCUCAUUCCAUUCUGUCUUGACUCCAUGAAAGAUGUCAUUCAUGUCUGUCCAGCUUGUGGCACUCAAGUUGGAGUGUAUCGCCGAAUGUGAACUCGAUCCAGCUUCGACCUUUCUACGUCAGGAACAAGUAAAGCCAUUUCCAAGUUAAUUGUUUGAGACCUCUGUUUCAAAGCAAGGCUAAGUGCGAAGCCAUUGAUAUGAAAAUAAUUUUUUUAUUCUCAUGCAAAUAAAAUUCAUUUUCACAAGAAAGGUUUUGUACUUAGCCAAGUUUUGAAAGUUAAUUUUUUUUGUUAGUCGUAGAUGGCCUACGUAUGCACCAGGUUUUAAAGUGAGUCUAGCACUUUCUGUUGACUCCUGGUAACCAAGUAGUCAACGAUACCUUUUCAAAAUAACAAACUGCCUUGUAAAUAGGCUUUGCUGUUAUUAUAACUUAGCAAAGUUUUUAGUUUCUUGUUCUUUGCGGUGUUCCAUUACUUCCGAUAACUGAUUUAUGAUGUUUGUAACCUUCGAUAUGUCUUUCGGAUUGAGCGAAGAUUAUAUAUUAUUGUUACUAUAGCUGUUAUUUUUAGGCAAACAUUGUGAAUAAUCUAGAAACAAAUAAACUUGUUUAUCUAGGAAAGACUCAGUAAAUCAGUAAUUUAAUUGUUAUUAGUAUUCUUACUACCAUUCUUUAUAGCUCAUAGGGAAAAACUUCUUCGUUAACAAACUUAUUAAAGUAUUGUUUGUAUGGAGAAAACCUGUUCGAGGUAGGAGGGCCAAUCUCCCAUGCAGCCGAGUCAAGUUAAGCAAGCAUUUAUAUGUGGAAAAGGGUUGACCUGGCUGCGCGAGUCAAAGUGUUUAUAUGGAGAAAAGUUGCAUGGCUCGGCUAGAAGGUGACUCUUAUACGUUUCUGAGAAACUGCAUGCCCACCUACCCCUCCCCUAAGCCAACAUUUUGCCCUAAGUGAGAAGUAAGUGUCAAUGUUGGCUUAGGUCGGGGGAGGGGUAGGUAGGCAGUUUCCCAGAUAGGCGGAUCACCCUUGAGCCGAGCCAACAUUCUGUUUCUUUUGUAAACGGAUCGCCACGUUUUGUCAGGAAAUGCAUGAAAAAUUGGCUCACCCAGGGUAAAUCGGACAGAUGGGUGACCCUUCUACCUGGAAAAACUUUCUUCCGGUUAAGAUGUAUAAAAGGAUUUUCCCCUUUUAAUUUUUGUUUCGCACAAGAAUGGCCAGUUUAUAGCUAUCCUGUACUUUGAACUAAAGUUGUAACUGUAGUUUCUUUGGUCUUCUUCGCAUUACCAAUGAAAAGCCAUAAAUAAAGUCCAUCUUAUUCGUAAGGGUGAAAGUUCUCCAAUUUGCAUACCAUGUUUCUUAAUUAAUGCAAAUAAAACGGCAAUUUUGUUUGUAUUAUUUUGUUUUCUAAUAUUAAAGAGACUUGUUGUGCG